AUGGCAUCCACCAUUGAUGAUAGUGAUGACAACGAAUCUGAAACCGAAUGGGAUUUAGAAACAGAACAAGGUUCCGAAAUAUUAGAUAAUAUUAAUAACUAUUAUAGAACUGAAGAUGCGCUUGCACUUGAUAACUUUGUAAAUAAAGAAAAAAGAUUGUCGAGAAGAUUAACAAGUAGAACUGAUGCUGGAUUUGACUUUGACGAGUAUAUACCACCAGAAGAAGAAAAGAAAAAAUAUCCAGAAAAAAACUACUAUAAAAUGUAUAAAAAAUUCUUUUUACAACCACCAGAGAAAGCUGCCAUUUGGAGACCCCGACCUCCACUUACAUAUGAUGAAAUGACACUUAUUCAAAAAGCUGAUUAUGUUUCAGAAAGGAUUGCAAUAGAUUUUAUUGCGUGGAUGAAGGAAAUUAAUCAAGAUUACAACAUAACUUUAACACCAGAAAAUCUAAUGAGCAUGUUUGAGAUUGGUUCUCAAAAUACUUUGGCGAAAACCUUGGAUAUGAAGAUGAAGGAAAUACCCACGCUGCCUCCAAAAAUAGCUUUGUCUAAAAAAAUGCCCCAUUUGUCUAAUAAUGCCAAACUUGCCAAAGAAAUACGAUUGGAUAUUGUUGCGUCAAAAAGGCAGCCAAGAAUUUUUGCAUUCAGUUCUCGUUUGCCAGCUGAAGAGCUCAUACGUCCCCAGCUUAGCGAUAUAGCAGCCAAAUGGCAUAAGAGUGAAAAUGUCCGAGAGGACAUAGUUUCAAUGGAAGUGGUAUGGAAAGGAAUCACUCAUUUAAGGUCUACCAAAGAAUUUAGUAAUUACCUGCAAACUGCAAAACCGCAUGUUCCACAUCCGGAAUAUUUGGUACGAAAAGGAGUUUUUGAAAGAUUAUCUGGAAGUGAUGCAUCCAGUGAAAGUAAUACAUCUUCAUCUAGUUAA